AUGGUCCUCACACGAUCAAAGUCUGGGAAGAUACAAGAGUGCGCAUGCUGCUGCGAAUCGAAGAAGGCCGACGAGUUCGCGCCAAAGCCACCAACAGAAGCUUGUGAGCACGGCGUGACGACAUGCCUUGAUUGUCUUCGGCACUGGUGGACUGCGAGCAUCAACAACCAUUACUGGCCUGUGUUCAGCUGCCCAGACUGCUCUGAAAAGCUUGUCGGAAGCAAGGAGUAUUUGAACAAUAACAUGCUCGAAAAAGACAGUGACCGGUACGAUUAUCUGCACGAGCGCAUCAGAAAUGGUGCCAAUCCAGACUACAAAUUCUGCUUGCAGUCAGGCUGCAAUUCCGGACAGAUUUACCACGAAUCAGACCUCCUCGUUUGCAAAAGCUGUAACUCUGCAUCUCAAGAGGACUACCAGCAGACAACAGCUGAACGCAGAAUGGAGAACGAGCAAAGCGAGGAGUAUAUCGAGAAGGCGAAAGUGGAGGGAAGGAUCGUUGCGUGCCCGAAUUGCGCGUGUCCGAUCGAGACUUACGGGCGCGCCAUGAGGGCGAAAUGCACGCGGUGCAUUCACAGCUUCUUGUGGGACUGUGGGAUUGGUGUGGCGGGAUGGGAGAUGGAUGGCGUGGUGGGAGGUGGCGGAGCGGAGAGCGUUGGCGAGGCGGGCGAUUCGCGCAUGAAGCGGGUGAUGUUCCCCGAGGAUGAGGCAUCCCACCGCCUUAUAAGGCCAAUGUCGACUGAGCUCGGACCAGAAGUAGCUGGAAAAGGACCAUCACGUGCAUGA